AUGGCGGCAGAGCCGGAAGGGGCGGGCGAGCGCCGCGGGUCCUCCCCGGCACUGGCGCCGCCGGCCCCGCCAUGGUGCAGCUGGGGCUGCGGCGGGUGGAGGACAGCGUGGCCGCCAAGCACCCGGUGCGCGCAGGGGCCGGGGCCGGGGCCGGGACUGAGGGCCGGGGGGCGGACGCGGGGCUGCCGCGCUGAGUGUGUGUCCCCGCAGGCGCUGCAGCAGUACGCGGCCUGCCAGUCCCACGCCUUCGUGAAGGGCAUCGGCACCUUCCUGGCAGGGAGCGGAGCCGCCUUCGCCCUGCAGAAGCUGGUGAGCACGAAGCUGCCGCACGGCCCGCAGUGGAGCCUGCUGCUGGCCGCGGCCACAGGGUCCCUCGCCAGCUACAUGGUAACCAGAGCUGAGACGCAGAAAUGCUCCGACUUCUGGAUUUACCUGGAGACAGACAAGUCCCCACAGGAGCUCGCCAUGGCUGGUAGGGUGUCUCAGCCCACAGAAAAUCUGCCCAACCUGGAGGACAGAGAGAACGUGGCACCACCGGUGAGGAGGAACAAGUAUGGAGAUGUUGUGGAAUAGCUGCCGGAGCACAGUGCACCAUGCCUGUGUUCUGCUUCACCCCUUCCUGCCUGCCCAGCCUGCUUGUGCUUGCCUGUGGGACUGGUGAGCUCUGCGGCGCUGCCCAGGAGCUUGGAUGAGUUGAUCCUGCAGUGAGAGUGUGGUGGAGACACCGCAGGGAUUUCUGCCUCCUGGGUGGCCUCUGAGCAUCACACAUGGGGGGUGCAAUAAAAGCUGAGAGCUGAAAA